AUGAACUUACAUAAAUGUAAACGUGAAACGCAGGAACAAAUGAUGAAAGAAAUUCAGACAAAAAAUGAAUUUAAAUCUGAUUGUUUGAGAGACCUGGAGUCGAUGUUGAUGAAAACCGGUGUGGAUGACAAUUCAAAGCAAUACGUCAUUGAAUGUUUGUGGAUUGCUCUCGACAGUUUCUAUAAUAAGUUUUUGACGUGGAAAAUAAGUUCUGAGAGAAGGGGAAUGGUGAUUCAAGACUUGGAGCAUCACUUGUUCGCUGCUCAUGUCACAAAUCGACUCUUGAAAUGGAAAUUGAAACAAGAGAAACAACAUUCAACCGAUCUCAACUCUCAGAAUGAAAUUUUUCUUCUGGACGUGCAAGAACACGUCGAAGAAGGAGGAGUACUAACAAACUGCUGUGCCGUUGAUGACGAAAAUGCGUACAAGGAAGCGCAAGAUGUGGUCGUGGAAUCAAAAGUCAUAGACGAUGACGAAUUAUUUGUAGCCAAAUUUAACGAUCUCAUCAAAAAAGUCUCAGAACUAAAAGGUCCUCCUCCCCACAUGAGAUUAAGAAGGCAGUCGGCACUGGAGGUGGCCUCGCCGUUGAGCGACUUUAAAAAAUCCUCAUUAUCGGAGGUUGAAUCAAAAGAAAAUAAGGAGGAAAGUGAAGACGAAGGAUGCGUGAUUAGGAGAAGCGUCGAAGAGCAAUGGAGUGCCGAUGGCUGCAGGAAAGAUCCCAACGAUGUUUGCAAAUGUCGCGUCAAAAAAGAGGAUAACAACUUUGCUAAUCAUAACUUGAUGAAAAUAAAAGAAUCAGAUACAGAGGAGAAUAAACGUGGGACUGGGGCAAAAAUAUUUCACCUAAUAAAUGAUGAUGUAGAAGUGGAAAGUUUUAAAACUGUUGCUAGAUGUUUGUCGUACCACGAUUUGCAAUCAAAUAUUAAAGAAGCUGGAUUAGUGGUGCAUUCAAACAGCGAUGAGAAUAACAAAAAACAAAUUGCUGUGAACAAUAGUAAGAGUAGCGAGAGUAACAAUUUUACAAACGGCAAAGCAGAUACUAACAUGAAGAUGUUGUUGGAGCUCACAAAUAAUGAACCAACUCAUGCAAACAACAAACAAUCCAGUUAUACAGCACUUUCACACAAAGAUAACAAGCCAAAAAAACAAAUAUCAAACAAUAAAAUGAAGCAAUGCUCAAGAAUAAAAAGUUACAGCAGAAAACCAAAUGUUAUCAACGUCAAUCAAAUUGCAAAGCAGAAGGCGUUUGUCGAUCCCGACACGUCAGCCAUCAACAUGAGCGUUUUCAGACCGAAAAAAGAAAAGAAUGAUUCAGGGUGGGUGAUUCGCGAAGCCAAACUGCCCUACUUUGAAAUCCAAAUUCUUGAUUCAAAGCAGACAAAUUCAGCUCUGAAGACAGAGUCUAAACACGGUAGCAUUUAUUUAAACAAACUUCAGCCAAACGAUUCAGACAAAAACGACACUUUUUUUAAAAAAUCAUUCAACGAAAUAAUCCCUACCACCACCCCAAGUGAUGCGAACAGUCCGAGAGCAAGAGCAAUCUCGAAACGUAUCAACGAUCAGGAAAAGAACGAAAAAAUAUCACAAGUAGAACAAGAAGAACAACCUCCUCUUGCCGAUAAUAAAAAACAGAGUUUUCAACAAGAAAACAAAAUAACUUUCUUGAAAAACUCUGAAAAAGAUUUUGAAAAUAAAAAUUCUACAAACAAAAAUUUAGAAAAUGUUGAACUAAUAAGGGAAUCGCUGAGUACAUCAUUAGGCAGUAAAACAAGUUUGCAGUCAAUUAAAAUGAAUAUAAAAAAUGUUGAAAACAAAGGAGCUAAUUCCGGUGAAUUUAAACCAGACUUUGCAACAACUAUUAGACAAGAUGUUGCAACCAUUAACAAAUCUGUUGAGAUGGCAAACGACCUGAAAUAUACGUAUGAAAUUAAUUCAGCAGCGAAACCUCAAUACCAACGAUCACAACAAACGCCUCGAGAUCAAACGCAAAAUGUGCCAACCUCCUUUCAUAUACCAGCAACCUCAUCUCUUUCCAUUCAAAAAAACAAAUCACCAAUCGUGAUAGCUGUCAAAACUUCGCCUAAUUUCGACAUACAGGAAGUAGUGCGAGCCGACAAAGCGAGCAAACAAACAAAAAGAGAUUUAAAUACGCAGUGCAGAAGCUUGAAAUCCAUUUUUGGCAAAGAAUCACCUGAAGCGUCAUCAGCAAUAAACAUAUGCAAAAAAUUAUGCUCUUGA